UCCCCCAACUCGUCGUCGUCUUCCCACGCACGCCUCCAACCCUAGCCACCCCUCAUCGGCAUCCUCCUGACAAGCGGCGGCGGCGGCCUCGGCGGCCGUACCGUCUGCGAAGAUGUCGGGAGGCUUCUUCCGGGGGACGUCGGCGGACCAGGACACCCGUUUCUCCAACAAGCAUGCCAAGCUGCUCAAGACGCAGAAGUUCGCGUCCGAGCUUGACCACCAUGUGGACAUGUCGAAGGUGAAGAUGGACGUGAUGAAGCCGUGGAUCGCGACAAGGGUCACCGAGCUUCUUGGGUUCGAGGACGAAGUGCUUAUCAACUUCAUCUACGGCCUGCUCGACGUGAAGGAGGUGGACGGGAAGCACAUACAGAUCCAGUUGACAGGGUUCAUGGAGAAGAAUACAAUUAAGUUCAUGAAGGAGCUGUGGAGCCUCCUCCUUAGUGCACAGCAGAAUGCCAGUGGUGUGCCCCAGCAAUUUUUGGAUGCUAAAGAGGCCGAGAUUCAGCAGAGAAAGGCGGAAGAGGCUAGAAUUGCCCAGGAAAUCCAGAAGAAACGAGAGAAAGAUGGAAGGGACACAGAACUGGAUAAACGCAAAAUGAUUGACGGGGGUACCGGUAAUUCAAGAUUUCAAGGUGAUUCACUUGGCUCUGCUUUAAAUAAUCCUGAUGCCAAUGCUGAGAAAGAGAGGGAAUUGGACUUGAAGCAUAGCUCAAGAACAAAGAGCCGGGAACAUCGCAGACCUAGGAGCACAUCUUUGUCACCUCGUGGUAGGCAGCGAUCUAUUUCUCCGAGAAGGCGUUCUCCAUCCCCUUCCAGGCAAAGAUCAUCACGACGUUCAGUUUCACCUAGACGUUCUGUUUCUCCCCGAAGGCAUUCUCCUAGAAUUGCUCCUUCAGUAUCUAGGCGGAGAUCACCCUAUUCCAGGAGAUCUCCUUCAGUACCGAGAUCCCCAUCGCCUCGGCGGAGAUUUCCUAUUAGGAGGAGAUCUCCACCUUCAGGGCGGCGUAGAACACCAUCUCCCUAUCGCCGCCGGUCUCCACCUCGUCCACCUAGGAGAUCACCAUCUCCUUCUCGCCGGAGGUCACCUGCUCGACGCAGAUUACCAGCUGACAGACACUGGUCCCCGUCUCCGGCAAGACGCAGGCCACGAUCCCCUUCACCUGGAAGACGCAGGCUACGAUCUCCAUCUCCUAGAAGAAAUAGGCCAGAGUCUCCAGGAAGAGGGCAGUCACCAUCACCUCAUCGCUCACCCCAAUUGAGGUCACCAAAACGCGUGAGAAAAUCCCCAAUUUCGAGUAGAGCACUUUCUGCAAAUCGUCAAGUUUCUCCCCAGCGGAGAAGGAGUAUCAGUCCAUACAGCAGGAGUCCAAAUCGUUCCCGUAGGAGUCUGAGUAGAGACACUGAAAAUGGAACAAAUGGUAUGCCUUCCACUAAAGAUAGGGAUGUGGCUCAAAGGAACCGAGGAAGAAAAUCAUAUGUCGAUGGCAGCAAUGAUAGAGAAAUGAGUGGUCAUCGUUCACCAGGCUCUGAACAACGUAGGCUCACAAAUUCCUUGAGGUCUCCUACGAAUGCAGAAAGAGUCUCCACACGUGACAGUCCUUUGAAGAGCACUGGGAAACAUUUACCCAGUCAGGACAGCACAGAUAGCAGUGGGGAUGAGAAAGAAUUGAGUCGUGCAAGAGAAAAUGCACGGAAGGCCAAUUCAUCACGCUUGAAAUCUAAGGAUUUUGACCUGCAACUAAAGGAAGUGGAUGUUGAUAAGUCAAGCCCUAGAGAAAAAUCCCCAUCUAGAUUACAAAAGGAUGGCGGCAAGGAUAUCCCCAGGAAAUAUGACAAUGAAUUAUCAGAUUCAUCAGAAGAUGCACGUGAUAGUAGAAGAACGAGACGCCAGAGUGAUUCUCCUGAUGAUUCUCGUGUGAAACAGCAGUCCCCUGCAAUUGAUAAAAUUAGCAAUGAGCAUGCCAAGGCAGCUUCACAUAAUGCUAAUGUAGCAAAGAAAUAUUCUGGUAAAGUUGGCGAAGCUUCCCUAUCAGAUGUUGGAAGUCCUGUUCAAAAAGCUAAGAAAAGAACAUAUGGGAGUAAUCACAUUGAUCAUCACAGUUCAGGCUCAGAAGAAUCUGAGAAAGACAGAUCUCAUUCUGAGAAACAUAGGCAUAAGAAGGGUCACAAGCAUAAAAGGCAUCACGAUGACAGUUCUGAGUCUAAUUCUGACUCAGAUGGGAAGGAGUCCAAGAGGAGGAGGAGAGAAGAGAAAAAGCUGCGAAAAGAGGAAAGGCGCCUUAGGCGUGAAGAACGGCACCGCAGAAGGGCAGACCGUCAUGCCAGUAAACAAAAAUUGAAGUAUCUUGGUACUUCACCUUCAGAUCUUGAGAAGGAUCUAUCUGGCUCAGAUGCUGAUGUUAAGAAGAAAGGUUCAUACACUCCCAGAGAAGAACCUGAUCCGAACAAACUUGAAGUUGAGCUUCGUCAGAGGGCUCUUGAAUCGUUUAGUGCAAAGAAAUCAAAGCAUGUUGUUACUCCGUCUUCAGAUGUUGAUAAGGAUACUGAAUCUAACUCAGAUGAUGAUGUUAGGAAGAAACUUUUGUAGGCUGUCUGAGAAGAAUCUGAUCAAAACCAACUGAAGAUGAGCUUCAGAAAAAGACCCUUGAAUCUCUUCGGAUCAAAGAAGGCUGCCAAUCACUAGGCUGAGGAAUUUCUCGCAAUGCUUUUGCAUGUUUCUAUUUCUUUAAAGUUGCAUACGUUUUAUGUUAUUGAAGUGUGCUUAUAUGAUACUUGUUUAAUGUUCUGUAUGUUUACGUGGCAGUUGCUCUGAGUAAUUGACGAUUCCUGAGCUGUUUCCUUGUUGCAGCUGCUUUUAUCUGGUAAUGUUUGCUUUUACAUGUUUGUAAGAACCAUAAACCUGAGAAGGAAAUAUUUAUUUUUGUGA